AUGUCAGUGGCAGAGUAUGAGAACAAGUUUACCUCACUUUCUCGCUUUGUUUUGAAAAUGGUGAGAGAAGAAGUUGACAAGACUCGAAAAUUUGUCUCUGGACUCAAUGAUCGAAUGAGGCCGCUAAUUACGGCACAGUUCAUCAAGGUUUAUUUUGAAGCUGUAGAGAGGGCUUUAAUGCUGGAGGCUGAUAUCAAAGAUAAGGAUGCAAGAAGGGAACAGUGGAAGCAAAAGAGAGGUGCAGGGCCAUCUUCGGAAAGAUUAUCUUGGAAAAGGAAUAAGGGUGAUUCGUUUCAGUUUCAAGGGCAACAGUCUGCACGAUCCGCUCCUACCGCUCCUAUGCCAGCUGGGUCUGACAAGGGUGGAGUCGUAUGUUUCCAGUGUCAGCAACCAGGGCAUUACAAGUCCAGUUGCCCUAUGGGAUCAUCUUCAGUUUCUUUAGCUCUAAAGGCUUGUCAUGGGUGUGGCUAG